GCAAGCUGCUGACGUGUAGGUAGGGAAGUAACUCUUCCACAAAUAGGUUUCCGCAUCGUGUAUCGUGGGUGACAGUCCAUGGGAUGAGUGUGAAUCUGGGUUUAAUGAAGAAGUCCGGACCAAUUCAGGAGAGUAGUACAAAAACCAGUUGAGACUGUUAUUAAUUUCAAGUUUGUUCCAUAGCGUCUGGUGGAGUCUAUUCAAUCAUUGCCAUGUGAUAGUAGAUUCUGCAUUCAUAAUCGUGUUAAUGAGUAAGUGAAUGGCAAGUACGUUAAAUUGGGCACGUCGGUUUGGAUAACAACUACGGUAUUUUGAAUCUUUUUGGUAAACAUUUAUGAAAUAGUUUAAUCGUCAAACCAUAAACCUCAAGAAACAAGCUGUCUGAAGUCGUUAAAAGGAACCAGAAGAGGACGUUAAUACCAAGAUUUUGGAGGAGUGAACAAUGGGGAAGUAUAAGGUUCCAGACCUGUAUCGUGCCCCCUUUCCGCUGUACACAGUGCGUGUGCAUCGAGACACUGGAUUGGUCAUCACUGCAGGGGGAGGCGGAGCUUCUAAAACAGGCAUUAAGAAUGGAGUGCAUUUUCUGCGGGUGGAAUUGGUGGAAGGGCAGUUCAGUGCUUCUCUUGCACACUCCUUUGAUACUGACCCCCGUGCUACCAUGAACCUGGCACUAGGGGACAAUGUCAUUGCAGCUGGACAAGACACCAGCUGCCAGCUUCUACGCUUCAGAGAGUGCUCUGACAAACCAGAAGCUAAACCACCAGGAAAAGGAGGGGGUGAUGGACGGGGAGCACACAGGAGGAAGGUUCAAGCUGGGAGCGACAGCACCCCAGGAACGCAUGAUGACUCCCCUCAGAUCACUGUGGAGACCCUGGGGGAGGUACAGACGGACUUCAGCCCAGAUGGCCUUCAGAAAUGUGUGCAGUUCAGUGUAGAUCAUAGCCUGCUUGUGACGGGUGGAGCUGAUGGACAUGUGCGAGUAUGGGAGUUCCCUGCUAUGAAAAAGAAGCUAGAUUUCAAAGCGCAUGAUGGAGAGAUUGAAGAUUUAGACAUCAUCCAGGACAGUAAGCAGAUAGUGACGGUGGGACGGGAUUUUAAAUGCUGUGUAUGGCAGAAUGACCAGCUGGCAACAGCGCUGCGCUGGAAUGAAAAUAUGCCCAACAUCCCUGAAAAGAUGUAUCGGUACCAAGCAUGCAGAUUUGCCAAGGUGGAAGACCAGCCUGACGCUCUGCGGCUGUACACAGUCCAGAUUCCUCACAAGCGUGACCGCAAACCCCCUCCCUGCUACCUAACCAAGUGGGAUGGCAGCAACUUCCUGCCUCUCCUUACACGGCCCUGUGGCAACGAGGUUAUUUCCUGUCUGGCUGUCAGUGACUCUGGGACGUUCCUGGGUCUGGGUAUGGUAACGGGAUCUGUAGCUAUUUACAUUUCCUUCUCACUGCAGAAGCUUUACUAUGUCCAAGAAGCACAUGGGAUUGUGGUCACAGGCUUGGCCUUCCUGCCGGACACAAAGCAAGGCCUGAAAAUCCUUGGGGACAACGAGGCAGCCAUGUUAAGUGUGGCAGUGGACAGUCGGUGUAAAAUGCACGUUCUCCCCAGCCGACGAACCUUUCCUGUCUGGUUGGUUCUCCUUCUCUGCGCUUUAAUGGUCAUUUUUGUCAUCCUGCUCCUGCAACACGCCUUCCCAGGGUUAAUUUAGGAAGGACGGGUUCCCCUUAAGCUGCUCAGCAUGGGUACAGACCCAGACAAACAUGAGCUGCCUCCUCAGUUCUUCUCAGGGAACUUGGCUCCUGGUCUGGAUGGACAGCAACACAUUGAGCAAGAGAAGACACUUCGCAUGAUACUGGUGGUGAAGAACACUUGACUAAGCUUUGAUUCCUUAGGAAAAAUAAGGAAGGUUAUUUGUUUGCCACCAUUAUGGUGCACUCUUUGUUGCUUUUAAUGUCAAAUUUUAUGAUUUCUGAUUUUUAUUUUAAGGAAAAGCCGGAGACAUCUUUAAUUAAAAUUCUGACUUUAAACAUUAACCCUGCCUAUACCUGGAUUUUAGGUGCCUGUAAAGUAAUGUUUGGCGACUCUUGAGAGUUUGGAUAUUGAUUAACUAAUGGCAGAAUUUGCUUUUCCGUUCCUUAAUGAGAAUAUUUUGAUGCUGUUUUUGUCCUAACCCUCUGUUUAAGUAAUAAAUAGUGGUAUUAACAAACCACCGUGAUGUAUUUAUGUACAGCAGACUCUCAACAUAACAGACCAGGCUGAAUCCAGCUUUCUGUGCCACAAUCUGUUGUUCUAGUGAUUCUAUUGAUUUUUCAUUCUACACUUUCUAUUGGGACUGAAAAGUUUAAAAAGGAUUUAGUGUAAUGUUGAUUUUGUUUCCAUCUAUUUUUCUUGGACUAAAAACCCAUGCAGAUAAUGUGCUAAAUGAGAGCUGUCUUCCAAAUGACACACAUAUAAUACUUAAAUUUAACUGCAGUGAUGGAGUUAUGCACCCAGACAGCAUAGUACUCUCCCAUUCAUAUAUUUAGAGUUAUAUUUGAGAAUGAAUAAUCUCACUGCACUAAGUAAUUUCACAUAGACAUACAACAAUGGUUGUAUUCAUUCUUGGAACGUUUUGGUUUACCAUAGAAAAGCAGACUAUAAUUUACAUAUGUUUCUGGCUGUUAACUAUCAAAUCUUUAUUGGUGUUCUAGCACAUUUGUAGUGUGAAAGGAGUGGGACAUCAUGCAUUACCUAUAGUAGCAUUACAUGUCAAAUGUUAAUUGUGUUCCAAAAAAAGCUUCAUGCUAUGGCUUUGUUUGAAACAUAUCCAUUGACUGCAAUGUUCUGUUUAAGAAAACUACCAGAAAUCACUCUUGUAAUUAAUAAAAUAAAUUCAGGUAUAAAGAGAAACUAUUUUGUAUUUAAGCUCCACUUUCAUGAAGGAUAAAUCUUUGUUUAAAAUAAAAACCUGAGCUAAUCCAGGUAAUUUCUUGUCCAUGAA